GGAGACACCGCUCCUGGGAGGCCCCGGGGCAGCUGUCUGGUCUGUGGCUGGGCUUGCUUCCCUGGAUCCCAAUGCCCACGGCCCUGCCAGGGCCCAGACAGGCCAAGAAAGAAACAGGACAGCUCCACUCUUUGUCCAACAUCUCAGCGAGGCUGCAGGGGUGGCCGCUGAUCUCAGAGCUUCACAAUGUCUCCCAAGGAGAAAGAGAAAGACGCUGAAAAGCCAGCCAAGAGACACAAAGACCCAGUGAACAAGUCUGGGGGCAAGGCCAAAAAGAAGUGGUCCAAAGGCAAAGUUCGGGACACGCUCAAUGACCUGGUCUUGUGUGACAAAGAGACAUGUGCCAAACUUCGUAUUCCCAACUAGAAGCUUAGGACCCCAGCCGUCGUCUCUGAGAGACUGAAGAUUCGAGGCCCCCUGGCUGGGGUGGCCUUUCAGGAGCUCCUUAGUGAAGAACUUAGGAAACGAGUUGCAAAGUACAGAGCUCUGGUCAUUUCCACCAGAAACACCAGGGGCAGAGAUGCCCCAGCUGCUGGCGAAGAUGCAUGA